AUUUUGCAGCAACACCAAUCAUUUCAGACAGAAAUGCAGUCUUUAGUUGUCAUCGUUAUUUCGCUGAUGGUUUGUACAUGUGUGACGUCACAUUCCCACGUAGGAGCCCAAACCUUAGGUGAGGGAUGGCCGAGGAAUAUGCUGGGGUCGAGAUCAAGCAGAAGUUUUUCCAGGAGUAUGACUGAAGAUCCUUCCAACAUGUUGUGGUCGUCUCUCUCUAGAUCCUCCUCCAUGAAUGGAGGGUUUCCUCGAGGCGGUUCUGAGGGUAUAGUCAAUCUCCACAGUUUGUUAGGAAAAAGAAAUCAAAGGAGAAGGAGGGUUCUACAGCCAGUUAUUGUCAGACCACAAGUUGUACGAAACAAUCAGGAAAGAGAGAUGCAGCAGUUGAUGCAGUUAUUGCCCCUUCUAACGAUGACGGAGGCUGGUGAGGGAAUGAUGGAAAAUAUGUUACCUUUAUUACUUAUGCAGAAAAACACACAGUUUUGAUUAACCAUCGUCGUUUGUUCCUAACCUUUGAUGUCACCCCCUGAUGAAUGUUGUUUUUAGUUCUUUUUAAUUGAUGUGAGAUGUGAAGAAUGAAAUAAAUAUUAUUUA